CGGGUGGAAUCAUGUCCAGCUUUUGCACUGAGACGCGUCGGCCUGAACACGGCCGGGCUCUUCAUCCUCCCAUGUAGCCGCAGAGGAACAUCUUCCACCUGAGGUGAGCUGUAGCGGACCCCUGAGGGGGUUAGGGGUGGAGAAAUGGGAACGAUCAGUCAGGUGCGGCUCCUGCUAUGGAAAAACUGGACGGUCCGAAAGAGGCAGAAGAUGCGGUUCUUCAUGGAGAUCAUGUGGCCGGUCAUGCUGUUCAUCGGACUCGUCUGGUUAAGAAAAGCUAAUCCACUCUACCGUCAACAUGAAUGUCAUUUCCCAAAUAAAGCCAUGCCCUCUGCUGGAGUCCUCCCAUGGAUCCAGGGGAUCUUCUGCAACGCCAACAACCCCUGCUUCCAGCACCCGACUCGCGGAGAGUCUCCCGGCCUUGUGUCCAACUACAACAACUCCAUACUGAUUCGGUUUUGGUCAGACGCACAGGAGCUUCUUCUGAAUGAUCCAGAGUUCCUGCAUUUGGGCAGAGUGUGGAGAGAGCUGUCCUCCAUGACUAAAUUCAUCAGAGCGAUCCGUACACAUCCUGAAUGGAUCGCAGGUUUGGGGGUCACGGUGGAGGACAUACUGAAGGACGAUGAGAUGCUCACCUCAUAUCUUCUGCGAGACGUUCCUCUCUCAGAGUCCGUCGUCCAUCAGCUGGUCAAAGCCAAGAUCAGACCGGAGCAGUUUGUGUACGGAACUCCAGACCUCAGACUGAGGGAUAUCUCCUGCAGUCAGAGUCUCCUGGAACGAUUCCUGAUCUUCCCGAGCCGUCACGGUGUCUACGCCGUCCACAGCGCCCUGUGUCCCCUCAAACCAUCACAGCUAGAGAGCAUUGAGGAGAAGUUUUAUGCUGAUGUUGACAUGUUCAAACUGCUGCCCAUGCUCCCGCGUCUCCUGGAUGAAUACUCCAGCGGCAUUGACCUGCACUUCUGGGCUCGUGCUCUGUCUGCGCUCUCCGGAAAGCUCCGGCUGUUAUCUCAGAGGAGCAGCUUCAGAGAGCUGGUUCAGGUGCUCCAGCCUCUGUUCCAGUCUCCAGGAAACCCUUCCUUCAGUCACCUCAUGGCCGCGGCCUCCAGUCUGGUCUGUGGGUACACUGAGGGAGCGUUCUCCAGGGUGACGUCCUUCAACUGGUACGAAGACAACAACUACAAGGCCUUCCUGGGGAUCAACAACAGCCGAGCUCAGGCUCAGCACACCUACGACUCCUCCACCACUGCAUUCUGUAAUGAUGUUAUGAAGGAUUUGGAGUCCAGUCCGGCUACGAGACUAAUGUGGAAUACGCUGAAGCCGUUUCUGAUGGGGAAGAUCCUGUAUGCUCCUGAUUCACCCGCCAUCCGGCAGCUCAUCAAAAACGCCAACUCCACGUUUGAGGAGCUGGAGAGACUGAGGAACAUCAUCAGGUCAUGGGAGGAGGUGGGACCACAGCUGUGGGAUUUCUUCCAGAGCAACAUCCAAUUGGACGUUCUGCGGGACAUCUUGAGGAACCCGUCUGUGAUGGACUAUAUGGACCGGGGAUUGAAGAACACUGGUCUGACCAUCAGACACAUCCUUAACUUCCUUCACACCGGCUCAGAGGAGGAGCGGGAAAGAGAUAUGGUGCAGUUCGACUGGAGGAACAUCUUCAACCUGACUGACAGAACACUGCGGAUGAUCAACCAGUAUGGAGAGUGUCUGGUAUUAGAUAAGUUCGUGGGUCUGCCGGAUGAGACUCAGCUGACCCAAAAGGCUCUAGAUCUCAUUGCUGAGAAGAAGUUUUGGGCCGGCCUGGUGUUUGUGGACACGUUCUCCUGGACCACCAAAAUCCCCCCACACGUCAAGUUCAAGAUCCGCAUGGACAUUGAUACCGUGGAGCGUACCAACAAGAUCAAAGACAGGUACUGGGACCCUGGACCUCGAGCCGACCCCAUGGAUGACCUCCGCUACGUGUGGGGAGGAUUUGCGUACCUGCAGGAUAUGGUGGAGCAUGCAGUGAUCAAGACCCACACAGGGAAAGAGUGGCCUCUAGGGGUGUAUCUCCAGCAGAUGCCUUACCCAUGCUACGUGGAUGACCUGUUCAUGCUGACGUUGAGCCGCUGCUUCCCCAUCUUCAUCGUGCUGGCCUGGGUGUACUCGGUCUCUAUGAUGGUGAAGAGCGUAGUGCUGGAGAAGGAGAUGAGGCUGAAGGAGACGCUGAAGGCCAUGGGUGUCACUAACGAGGUUCUGUGGUGCGCCUGGUUCAUCGACAGCUUCCUCGUGAUGGCUGCCAGCACUGCUUUACUCACUGCCAUCAUCAUGGGAGGGAAGGUGCUGAACUACAGCAAUCCCAUCAUCCUCUUCAUCUUCCUCCUCACCUUCACCACGGCCACCAUUAUGCAGUGCUUCCUGAUGACCGUGUUCUUCAACAAGGCCAACCUGGCAGCGGCCUGCAGCGGGAUUCUCUACUUCAGCUUCUACCUGCCUCACCUGGCCUGCUUCACCUGGCAGGACCGCAUCACCAAGGACAUGAAGAUAAUGGCGAGUCUGAUGUCUCAGGUGGCGUUCGGAUUUGGGACGGAGUACCUGUCCCGGUAUGAAGAACAGGGCCUGGGGUUACAGUGGGACAACAUUCACACCAGUCCUCUAGAGGGCGACGAGUUUUCCUUCCACACCUCCAUCAUCAUGAUGCUGCUGGACACUGUGCUGUACGCUGUUCUGGCCUGGUAUCUGGAUAGUGUUUUCCCAGGGCAGUACGGCAUCGGCAGGCCUUUUUACUUUCCCAUUCAGCCGUCCUAUUGGCUGAACCUCACCAAUCCAACAAAAGCAGUUCCUGAGAAAUCUGUGGUUAAAAGACCAUCGAUCGACAACUCAGCCCAGAAACCUGAAGAAACUGCUAAUAACCAGACGCAGCCAGUGGAGGAGCAGACCACCCAACCUUCAGAACCACCAGGAACCUGCAAACAUGGAGACAGACGGGAGAAACUGGGGAUGCAGAUAAAGCUAGAGGAGGAAGGGUCCAGUUACCAGAACCAGAGCUAUCUGUCUGGAGAGAAGGUGUUCUUCGAGGCAGAGCCGAGCGGGCUAGUGGUGGGGGUUCAUGUGGAGAACCUGGUUAAAGUGUUUAGCGGAAGCUCCAAACCCGCAGUGGACGGACUUAGCAUUACCUUCUACGAAGGCCAGAUCACCGCUUUCCUCGGCCAUAAUGGAGCAGGGAAGACCACCACCAUGUCUAUUCUUACUGGAUUGUUCCCUCCCACCUCGGGGACGGCCUUCAUCUACGGCAAGGACAUCCGCACGGACAUGGACACCAUCCGCCACUCACUGGGCAUGUGUCCUCAGCACAACAUCAUCUUCCACCAUAUGACGGUGGCUGAGCACAUCCUGUUCUACUCGCUGCUGAAGGGCCGGCCGCUGGCAGAGGCUCAGCAGGAGGUGGAGAACAUGCUGGAGGACUUCGGGUUACCACACAAGAGGAACGAGCAGACCCAGAACCUCUCAGGGGGGCUGCAGAGGAAGUUGUCUGUUGCUAUGGCGUUUGUGGGAGGAGCUAAAGUGGUUUUCCUGGAUGAGCCGACAUCAGGAGUGGACCCGUACUCCAGACGUUCCAUCUGGGAUCUUCUGCUGAAGUACCGCCCAGGUAGAACGGUGAUCCUCUCCACGCACCACAUGGACGAGGCUGAUCUGCUGAGUGAUCGAGUGGCUAUAAUCUCUCAGGGCCGGCUGCACUGCUGCGGCUCCCCGCUGUUCCUGAAGAGCAUGCUGGGAGCUGGGUUCUACCUCACGCUGGUCCGUCGCAUGAAGGACGACACGCCGCCCACCAGGAAGGAGGGCCAGUGUGAUUGUAAGGAUGAUUGUUCCUGUAAAUGCUCCAUCUGCACAGAGUAUAAAGAGAGCACGUGCGGCCAGACCAAAUCCACCGGUCGACAGAUGGACGGGGAUGUGGAGACCAUCACAAACCUGGUGCACCACCAUGUGCCCGAGGCCAGGCUGGUGGAGGCUGUGGGGCAGGAGCUGACCUUUCUGUUGCCCAGCCGGGGCUUUAAACACCGAGCUUACGCCAGUCUGUUCAGGGAACUGGAGGAAACCCUGGCGGAUAUCGGCCUCAGCAGCUUCGGAGUAUCAGACACCUCACUGGAGGAGAUCUUUCUGAAAGUCACAGCUGAUGGUGAAACAUCUCUUGGGAAAUCAGCAGCUGAUUUGAGAGCGUUGCAGGAGACAUCUCGCUCCAGUGUCUUUCGGGACACCACAGUGACCGUGAACACUGAGGAACCAGAAGAUAAGAAGGCCUGUGCUAAUGGUCAGCCCACGGCCGGAGGGUCCUCCAGUGGAGAGGGACAGGGAUCCCGGCAGGUGAAAGGUGUGUCUCUGGUGGUGAAACAGUUCCUGGCUCUGCUGAUUAAGCGAUUUCACCACACAACUCGUUCUGGCAAGGAUUUCUUCGCUCAGAUUGUGCUUCCUGCCAGUUUUGUUCUGGUGUCUCUGAUGUUCACCCUCAUCGUUCCUCCGUUUGGAGAGUAUCCCAGCCUGACUCUGAGCCCCUGGAUAUACGGCCGACAGUUCACCUUCUUCAGUAAUGAGCAGUCAGAAAUGGAGGGUAUGAAGUAUUUCGCUGAUGUGCUUUUAAACAGACCUGGAUUUGGGACACGCUGCAUGGUGGAUGAGCCUCUAGAGGAAUACCCGUGCAACAACAUCACCACAGAGUGGGAGAAACCUCUAGUAAACCCAGCGCUGGUCGACGUGCUGAAUAAAUCACAGUGGACGGAGCUCCGGCCGUCUCCAGACUGUCAGUGCAGCACCCCCACCAAACUCACCAUGCUGCCCGUCUGCCCUGAGGGAGCGGGGGGGCUGCCCCUUCCACAGAGAAUCCAGUCUACUGGAGAUGUUCUGAUAGAUCUGACUGGCAGGAACAUCUCGGACUAUUUGGUGAAGACCUACCCGACCCUGAUCAGAACCAGUUUGAAGAGUAAAUACUGGGUGAAUGAACAGAGGUAUGGAGGGAUUUCUGUAGGCGGGCGGCUGCCUGUGGUGGGAUUGAGCCCCAAAACCAUUCAAGACACGGCAGAGCAAUUAGGAGGAAUAUUUAAUAUAACAGCGGGAAAACACGUGAAACGUGCUCUGAGGGACACUGGCACAUUUCUGAGAUAUAUGGAAACAGAAUAUAAUGUGAAGGUGUGGUACAAUAAUAAAGGCUGGCACGCCAUGCCGGCCUUCCUGAACGUGGCCAACAAUGCCAUCCUGAGGGCGCACCUCCCCACCAAUGCCAACCCCAGCGAAUACGGCGUCACCGUAAUCAAUCACCCGCUCAACCUCACUAAAGAGCAGCUCUCCGAGGUCAACGUUCUGACCACCUCAGUGGACGCGGUGGUGGCCAUGUGUGUGAUCUUCGCCAUGUCCUUCGUUCCGGCCAGUUUCGUCCUCUACCUGAUCCAGGAGAGAGUCACUCAGGCCAAACACCUGCAGUUUGUGAGUGGAGUCAGUCCACUGGUCUACUGGACCGCCAACUUCCUGUGGGACAUGAUCAGCUACUCCGUCAGUGCCGCACUGGUCGUGCAGAUUUUUAUCAACUUUGAUAAGAAGUGCUACACCUCCCCCGCGAACCUGCACGCGCUAAUCGCGCUGCUGAUGCUGUACGGCUGGUCCGUGACGCCCAUGAUGUAUCCCAUGUCUUACGUCUUCAGCGUCCCCAGCACGGCCUACGUGUCCCUGUCCUGCCUCAAUCUGUUCAUCGGGAUCAACAGCAGCGCCAUCACCUUCAUCCUGGACCUGUUCGACAGCAGCACUACUUUGUAUAUGUUUAAUCAGGUGCUGAAGAGAGUCCUUCUCAUCUUUCCUCACUUCUGUCUGGGCAGAGGACUCAUCGACAUGGCCAUAAACCAGGCUGUGAUGGACGUUUAUGCACAAUUUGGAGAGGAUUACAGUCUGGAUCCCUUCAGCUGGAACUUUGUGGGGAAGAACGUGGUGUGCAUGGCUGCAGAGGGAUUCAUCUACUUCAUCCUCAACAUCCUCAUCCAGUACAGGUUCUUCCUGGAGCACUGGAUGCCGGACAGUAAGAAGCCGCUGAUAGUGGACGAGGAUCUGGACGUGGCUAAAGAGAGGGACAGGAUCUACAGAGGAGGAAGCAGCAGUGAUAUCCUGCACAUCAGAGACCUGUCUAAAACGUACUCUGGGGGGACGAAGCCUGCGGUGGACAGGAUCUGUGUGGGAGUGUCUCCAGGAGAGUGCUUUGGGCUUCUGGGAGUAAACGGCGCUGGGAAAACAACCACCUUCAAAAUGCUCACUGGGGACAUCGACGUGAGCUCGGGCGAGGCAGCCAUCACGGGUUAUAGCAUCCUGACAAAUAUCCUGGAUGUGUAUCACAACAUGGGUUACUGCCCCCAGUUUGAUGCCAUAGAUGAUCUACUGACUGGCAGAGAACAUCUUCAUCUCUAUGCACGACUCAGAGGAGUCCCGGAGUCUGAGAUCAGCAGGGUGGCUGAGUGGGGGAUUCAGAAGCUGGGUCUGUCUCAGUACGCAGGUUAUGGUGCAGGAACCUACAGCGGGGGAAACAAACGCAAGCUUUCCACUGCAAUCGCCAUGAUCGGCUGCCCUGCUCUCGUACUGCUGGACGAACCGACCACUGGGAUGGACCCCCACUCCCGACGCUUCCUGUGGAAGUCUAUAAUGAGUGUGAUUCAGGACGGGAGGGCUGUGGUUCUCACAUCUCACAGUAUGGAAGAAUGCGAGGCUCUCUGUACACGUUUGGCCAUCAUGGUGAACGGGAUCUUCAAGUGUCUGGGCACCAUUCAGCACCUCAAAUACAAAUUUGGUGAUGGGUACGUGGUCACUAUGAAGAUCAGGUCAGCUAAAGCGGGCACAGUGCCGGAUCUGAACCCGGCCGAGGCCUUCAUGGAGAACACGUUUCCGGGCUGUGUUCAGAGAGAGAAACACUACAACACCCUGCAGUACGAAGUAGCGUCGUCCUCCCUCGCCCGCAUCUUCCAGCUCGUCCUCACCAACAAGGAGAAGCUCAACAUCGAGGAUUACUCCGUUACACAGACCACACUCGACCAGGUAUUUGUGAACUUUGCUAAGCAGCAGUCUGGAGAGGAAGACGCGAUAGUGCUUCACCCCAGAGCUGCAGGAGCCAGAUGGAACCGAGUCAUGCCUGAGAAAGCGUCCGUCUGAGGAGUUAGAACUGCUGGAACUGAUAAAACUACUGUAUCUGAGAGAAAAGAAGAGAUUCUUCAGGUUCUUCAGGACCUGCUGCAUGUCCUGAACACUUGUCCUGCUUGGCCUUCCGUAGUGAUGCAACUUAAGCUGCAGCUUUAUAUAGAAAUGCACGAUACAAAAAGGUAGCCUGCCAAAUAUAGUAGCACUUUACUGAACUGAUUUGCUACCAAUAUAUAUUUUUAUACCAAACGGCGCAAUAGAUUAUUAAUAUUAUUAUUAUUAUUAUUAUUAUUGCAGAUGCUGCUGCGGUUAUGAAAUGCAUAUUGCAUUAAUGUGAAACUUUGCAAACCAACGAAUGAAUAAAUAAAUGAAAUGAUUCAUUUUCUGCCAACAUAGAUUGAAGAUUUACAGUAUUCCUUUCCUACUGGUUGUAAUAAAAAUGCUUAGAGUUU